UUGAGUACCUGUUACACGCAACCUAUGUAUAAAUGCAUAAAAACUAAUAUUGAUAUACGCAUAACGAACUUAGUUUGUGAUAUGAAACAUUAAGAAAAGUGUAAAUUAAUAGGUUUCAAAAUGGGUAUACCAGGUUUAACAACUUUUAUAAACAAUCGUUCGGAUCGUUAUUUGGAACAUUUCGAGCUGCGUGAUACGUAUUUAGUUAUUGAUGGUAAUAGCAUUAGCUGUCAAAUAUAUAAUUCGUGCAAGUGCAAUUGUGUUUUUGGCGGCGAUUACGAUAAAUACGCUCAACGAGUAUCGGAUUUUUUUGACGAUUUGUUAAAGUGCAAUGUAGUACCAUUAGUUUUGAUCGACGGCGGUUGCGAGGAUAAGAAACUGCAAACAGUUAUAUCUAGAACGAAAGAAAAGAUUCGUACAGCAUCAUCAUUUUCUCCGAUCAGUCAACAGAAAAUGAAAUUCUUUCCUUUACAUAUUAAGGAAGUUUUCAAAGAUGUUAUGAGAAAGAAGACUAUUCGUCAUGUGCAAUGUUUAUUCGAAGCUGAUAAUACUAUAGCUGCUGUAGCGAGGAUAUUGAAUUGUCCUGUAUUGAGUUAUGAUUCAGAUUUUUAUGUGUUCGGGACAUUGUACGUACCGUUCGAUACAUUGGACAAUUACACGGUGAAAAGUUCAACUGGAAAUGGUUACACGAAACGUUGUAAAAUUUAUAAAGUUGAACAUUUAUUAAAUUCUUAUAGAGGUUUAAGUCAAUCUACGCUGCCGUUAGCUGCAAUAUUACUAGGCAAUGAUUAUGAAUAUGCAGCACGUGCCACGACACAUUCCAUAAACAGAAUUUUCAAAUUUGACGGAGAUGUUAAUAGUCUAAUGUACAUAGAAGAAACCGAUAAAAAUGGAGACUUUGAAUCAUCCGAAGAAGAAGAAGAGGAAGAAAACGAAGUUGAAAUAUUAGACAUGCUUAAAGAGUCAGAAUCAGCUACCAAUAAUGCACUAGCUAAUGUACCUAAAUGGUUUGUAGAUGAAUUUCUUAUGGGCAAUUAUCCUGCAUAUUUUAUGGACUUGUUGGUUAGACGUUUAUAUAUUUGUCCUGUACAAAUAGAGGAUUAUUCCUAUCCAUCGAGCAAUUUAAUAAGUUUAAAAAUUAUUAGAAAUAUAUAUGCAUUUCUGCAAUCAGGAAUGAAUAGAAGGAGAGGUUUCAUGAAAUACAUGAUGAGAGACUGUAACAAAAAGCUUAAAUGUUACGAACUAGAAGGCACUGACGCUAAAUUUUCUUCCCCAUUACUGUCUCUAUCUAAUCUUAGAGAUGUACCAUUGACGAUUCGUAGAGAAAUUUUAAAUGAUACAUUAGAGAUUAGAAACAUAGAAUGUAUAUAUGGACUACCACCAGAAUGGAUGUUGUAUAUUGCAUGUGCUCGGUAUUGGAUAAAACAGGAUGAGUUAUACAAAUCAGAUAAAUGUUUGGUGUAUUCUGUAUUUGUCUGUUUAUUAUUCAAUAUAAUCGAUACAAAAAUUGGGAAACAUAGAAUUAUACAUAAUUUUCAAAAUAAAUAUGGUACAAAAAUUGAAAAUAUAAGGCAGAAAAGAAAAACGAGUACGUGUAAACCACAUGAUUCAACAGAUGUUGGUACACUCGAUGAAGCUUGUAAAAAUGUUGAUCCUGAUGAUUGUUUUAUGGCAGCACCAUUUUUUAUUUCCCAUUUCGAGAUGGAUCGAAAAUUGUAUACAAAUACAAAAAAAUUUAACAGAUGUAUCGUUCAUGCGUUUGCGGUAUUUCAAAAUUGUUUGAGACACGGUAUGAAUUUGAAUGCAUUAUUAGGCUACCCUUAUCCACAGAUUGAAAUGGCCAAUUUAUUCAAUGGUACUCUGUUGUACAAUAUAGCUAAUAAUUUUAAAACACGGUACGACAUGGAAGGUUAUAUAAAUACAAUUCUCGAAAAUUCUCCAAGCCUAUGGAGGGUGUUUUUUACACUUUUGUCGACGGUAACGCCUUUGUUCGCGUCAUAUCUUCAAAAUGAUAUCAAUCCCCGUAAGAAACAAAGAGCAAAGUCCAAACACGCAAAGGCCGACCAAAAUACAGACGAUAAUGAUACAGAAUAUUUUAGCGCGGACGAAGAUACUUUCGAAUCAAAAUUUUAUGAUGCAAACAAUCCUUUUUCGUUACUGAAUUGUACAGAAUAAUUAAAUAUAACAUAAUUUGUAAAAUUACGAUCGAGGGAGUAAUAUAAAAUAAUAAUAAACUGAUGAUAU